AUGGAGGAGGGGUCCAGCACGGCACGGGCUGUGGUCCGAAGUACCUGUGGCUUUACCGUGGGUUUGUCCUUGGCCACAGCCUUUGGGCUCCUAGAGCUCCUAGGGGAAGGACACAGCCCCUUUGGCUGCCUGGUGACCACCGUCACUUUGGCCGCCUUCCUUAGCUUGGGCAUGGGCUUCUCCCGGCAGGUCCGGGUCUCCGUCCUCCUGUUGCUUCCUCAGGCCUUCUCCCAGCAGAGCCGGUUACUGCUGCUGGUGGCUUCCUUUGGGCUGGUGCUACAAGGGCCUUGUGCGAACACCCUGCAAAACUUCACCCGGGCAAGUGAAGCCGUGGCCUGUGGGGCAGAACUGGCGCUAAACCAGACGGCUGAAAUGCUGGAGCGGGUCAAGCAGCCCCUUGUCAGUGCUCUGUCUAAGAUUAAAGCCAUUGCCCAGAAGGCCAAAGUGGUGGGUGACCGGAUACGCAAGUUCUUCCGGUCCGUCAUAGAUGCCGUGAAACACAUAGCCAGGUGCCUGCAGAAUGUGUGGUAUUGGCUCCUUCAUAUUGGUGACGUGUGCAACUCCGAGCUGGGCAACCCUUACUCAAAAUGCACCCAGGUGUUUGAUGAUGCCAAGAUCCACUGUAUGAAGGUCGUGUCAGGAUUCCCUCACCUGUGUUAUGCGCUCUUGCCAUUCAAACUGGUGGUCUGUGGACUUGCCAGCUUGGUCCAGAAAUUCUGUGUCUUACCUUCGUACCUCGAAGUUUUCCUGCGAACGGCCAUCCGCACCCCCGUGAUGAAGCUGCUGGACAAGCUACGUCGUGAGUUUGAGUUCAACAUGACAGCCACCCACUACUUCUCUGUGGACCUCAAUUCCUCUCGGAGCCUGUCCCAGGUGGCUUUGGACCUGCAGGAGGCUGUCAGCAUGAAGUUGUACACUGCCAGGGAGGCCCUGUCUUUGAUGGGCUACACCACGCCUCUGCUCAUUGGAUUUCUGUACAUCCAAGCCCUGUGUUACCGGUACUAUUAUCUGAACUCGGACAAAUUCGACAAUGUCUAUAUCACCAGGCGCUUCCUGGACAUGGAGGCGGCCCGCUCCCUUGCAGGGAUGCCCACGGUGCUGCCUCUGAGUUCUCAUGAGGCCAAACACUACAUCCAGCCAGACUCCAUGUUCCUGAGCCAGCGGGAACAGAUGUUUUAUACCUUGGAGACCUUUAACCUCACCCGCCAUCUCCUCAUCAUGCUCCUCCUGGUCUUUCUGGACUAUGGCGUCUUCUGGCUACUUGAUCUGGCCCGGUACCACCUCCAGGGCGAGAUCGUAGCCCGCAGCCCUGUGGUAGUAUCAAUUUCGGUGGAAGGGUCCGGCUACUCAGGGAAUAUUUACCGUGACCUGGCGUCAGCUUUUGAUGUUAUGCAACAAGGCAAUGUCAGUGUAUUGUCACCGCGCUGCACCCUUCGUCCCUCAGAACCAGAUGCUAAGAGUUACAUCCUUAUCGGUAUCAUGUACGGUCUGUGCUUCUUCGUCACUCUGUUUGGCAGCUAUGUCAGCAGGCUGCGGCGUGUCAUCUGUGCCUCCUAUUACCCCAGCAGGGAGCAGGAAAGGAUCACCUACCUUUACAACAUGCUUCUGAGCCAUCGGACCAACAUAAUGGUGACGGUGCAGCGAGCAGUGAGGCGACGGGCAGCGGACCAAGGCCAAAUGAAUAUCCUCCAGGUGCUGGCCAUCCGGUUGCCUUUCCUAAGGCCAUUGCUCGGCUCGUUUGCGCUGCAGCAGUCUUACUGCAUGGGCUGUGGGCAGCCUGAAGACAAAGGGGGCAUGGAGAACUUUGUGUCCUGCAGUACCCCGGGCUGCAGAGGUCUCUACUGCCCUACCUGUUUCCGUCUCCUGAACAACACCUGUUCUGUAUGUUCCGCUCCACUCUCCAACCAGGGGCACCUGGACCUGGAGCUGGACUCCAGUGAUGAGGAGAGUCCUCAGCUGUGGCUGGCUGCAGCUCGAAGGCAGGCCCCCGAGCAGGAGCUGAAACUUCGACAACAGCUUCAGGAAGCACUGGGCACGAACCUAACAGACUAG